UGUAUGAACCAAGAUGGCCGUCAGCAAGUACAAGUUCUGUGGAAGCAAAAGGAGCAGGAUGAGUCUAAACCAGGGAUUCUUCUUAGCUGUUAUCAUGGUAACACUCAGCAUUUGUGAAGGCAAACCGGUAACGAAUAGCAGAGUGAUUAUUACAGAUAUUAAAAGUAUGAUUAAAAACAAAGAAUUACUGCCUCCAGACCAUCUUGAAGGAGCCAAACUGGAACGAGAUGGAGACAUCAACAAGGACUACCAUCACGAGGCUUUUCUUGGUAAACUAAUAAAAGACGGCGAACUAGUGUUUGAAAACAUGCUGGGAUACAAAAAGCUCAUUGAAAUAUUCCACAAGGUUGAUUAUGACCGGGAUCAUCUCAUCGAUAAAGAUGAAUUAACCCGAUGGAUACACGAAAGAAUUCUAGAGCACGUAGAAAGUGCUCGACAGAAAAACGAAGGUUUGUUCAAGUCCAUUGAUAAAGAUGGAGAUGGGCUAAUUUCAUGGAAGGAAUACCGAUACAAGCUUCUACAAGGAGAUAGUAAUGUUACAGUUAGUUCUGAGGCUCUACAAAAUCAAGAAGAGGAUGGUGGUUUACAAGAAGCACAUGAAAAGUGGAAGAAAGCAGACCUCAACUUGGACAAGAAGCUAGAUGUCACUGAGUUCCUUUACUUUCAGCAUCCUGAAUACAAUCCUGUUACUGUGCAGAAUAUGGCUAAUGACAUGUUGGUCAAUUUUGACAAAAACAAUGACAAGGUCAUGACAGUAGAUGAGUUUGUGAAUAUUCCUCCUGGUGAUGUUGAUCCAGAUCAAGUUGAAAUGGAAAAACAAUAUGCAGAAGAUCGCAAAAAGGAGUUUGCCCAGAUGGAUAAAAACCAUGAUAAUGUUGUAGAUAGUAAAGAGCUGGCCUCGUAUCUUGAUCCUCGCCAUGAACAGCAUGCAGCCAAUGAGGCAUCAUAUCUUAUCAGUGUUUCAGAUAAAAACAAGGACGGGAAAAUAUCUGAGAGGGAAAUGUUAACUAACUAUCAACUCUUCACGGGCAGCAGUUUAUCAAAUUUUGUUGGGGUUUUGCAUGAUGAAUUUUAGAAUUGCUUUAUAUUACCCACAAUUUUUCAAAGCAUACUGUACAAUAAGCAUAGAACACACUACAGGCACAGCUGUACAUGUACCUAAGAGCACAGGCCCUAGCAGCCUUUGCCGUUGCAAAUUUGGACUUUUAACAAGGUUACUUGCACUAACAGGUCACACACAACGAACCUUCCCUGUGAAUUUGACCAGUUUUGUCAAAGCUAAUAUGUCAACUUUAAAAAAAUGGCAAUAAAUAUAGUUAAAUAUUUUAUUAGGAUUUA